UCUCUAUCACUAUCAAAUCACGAAUGCAAAAAGAACGCAUUUUCUUCAAUGUACAAAAUAGAAUUAUUGUAAAUUUUAGUUUUGUGUUAUAAAUUUUCACUCUUACUAAAAGUUCUUAUUUCCUCUAAAUCACUCUUGAUACAAUAAAUAAAAAUUGAUAGAUAAUCUAGAAUCAAGUAUUUUAUUUUCAAAAUGAUUUGGCUGAAAGUGUGUUUUACAUUGCUGGCAUUUUUGCAUGCAUUACCUAGAACUCAAUCUGAGGUGAAUUUUGAUCUACGGCCUAUUAUUUUUUUUCUAAAAAGUGGAUUGGACCAUCAGAAAAAAAGUUGUGAAAAUUUUUACGAUAAGGUUUGUGGCAAAUGGUUUAAAGCAGACCCCAAACUAGAUAACAAAAUCUUUAGUCCUUUCACAAUAACAGAUAGGACCAUUAAUAUUUUAAUUGAAGAUAUUUUAGAAAAUCGUCUGUUCUUUAGAGAAGAAAAUAAAAAAGUUUCCAUGGAAAAAGAAUGGUUUGCAACGUGCAUGAAUACAAAUUAUUCAAGAAAGGAAGGACUAAAAUUAUUUCGUCAAAUAGUGGAAGAAAAUUCACACUCAACUUGGCAAAAUGUUGCUGAAUAUUAUGCUAUGAAAAUUGGUGAAAUAUCAUUAUUUCACAUUAAUAUGAAUGCAGACAAUGUACUACAAAUUCUAGCACCAAGGAAAUUGGUAACCGAUAUAAUAACUGAUGUUAAAAAUCAUAAACUUUUUUUACUCUUCUUUCAAUAUCUUGGAAGAGAGUUUGAUAAAAAUAUUGAGAUGGAAGUAUUAAAACUUAUUAAGUCCAUAAGUGAGCUCGUUAAUGUUCAAAAUGCAAAUAUAGUUACAACAACAAUUCAAGAUUUGACAAUUUUAUAUAGAAAAAUUUGCCCUUUUAAAACUUUGAAGAUAAAUUGGUUUAAACUUUUUGGAAAAUUAGCUAAAGAGAGUGGAGUAAAAUUUACCAAAUCAGACAAAAUACAAGUCGAUGUAAAUUAUCUAUUUGAAUUGUGUAAAAUAUUAAAUAUUACACCUGCAAGUGCAAUUGUAAACUAUUUGCACUUUAAUUUUAUAAUGUCUAAAGAAGCAUAUGAUACAGUUCUUCUAAUAAUAAAUAAAAUGACUCGCAAUGAAAGAGCUGUGCAUUGCAUUAGAUCGAUGCAAAUAAAGCAAGGAUUUCAAGAUAUAAUAAUAAAAAAUUAUUCAUAUAUACCAUACGAAACUGAUGAAAUGAUUUACGAUAUGUUUGAAAAUAUAAAAAAUGAACUAUUAAUAGAAAUAGAAAACAGUUGGUUGCAGAAUGAUGCAAAAAUAACAGCAAGACAAAAAGUUGUAAAUAUGAACUAUAAAUAUGUAAUCAGUACUCUUCCUAACGAAAAUGUGAAUGGAGCAAUUUCAUACAAUUUUGAAAUUGGUUCAGUUGGUUUGCAAAAUUUGAUUAAUUUCAAAAAAGCCCAAAUGAUUAUGAAAAUUCAAACAUAUAAAAAUUGUUACAUGAAAAAAAUAAGAAGUAAACGACAAAUUAACACAAAUAUGUGUUAUAAGUUUCAAAAAAACAUUAUAAACAUAGGAUUAGGAAUGCUGUUUCCACCUCUGUUUCAACCGAAAGCACCAAUUGCUUAUAACUAUGGAAGAAUAGGUUUUAUACUUGGUCAUGAGAUGUCCCAUGCAUUUGAUUUUAAAAAAUUAGAAAAAUAUUUUCCUGACAGUUUUUACAAUUCGUCAUUGUAUGAAAGACAGAAAAAUAAAAUGCUUAAGAAACGUAAUUGUUUUAUAAGUCAAUUCAACAGAUUUAAUGUUAAUGGUAUUUAUACACUUAAUGAAAAUGUUGCCGAUACACAAGGAUUUAAAUUGGCUUUUAAUGCACUACAGCGAAUUAUAAGCAAAAAAAAUAGUGAAUAUGAUAAAAAGUUACCAGGCCUUGAAAAUUUAUCGGCACAGAAAUUAUUUUUUCUAGCUUUUGGAAAUUUAAAAUGUAGUAAUCCUAUGCUUACUACUAUAAACGAUGUACAUUCAUCUAAUUAUUGGAGAUUAAUAGGAACAUUGCAAAACAGUGAAGAAUUCUCAAAAAUAUUUCAUUGUCAAAAAGGGGAAUUCAUGAACCCUUGGAAAAAGUGUGAUUUAUGGAAAAAGUAAAAAAUUUUACUUAUAUAUGUUGAAUACAAUCAAUAAAUUAUUAAA